AUGUGUCAGGGAGAUGAGAUAUAUGUCGUUCUCUAUGAUCAGAUUGAUCUCAUCGAACUAAAGCAAAAAUCUCAGCUACAUGUGGAAAUAUGUCAAAUGACGACGAGUGGGACUUUAUGACUUCUGAGUUGAAUUCGAUAACAAAUCGGACCUAUAAAAAGGAACAACUAAAAGAGAAAAUGCAUAGGCUACAAGCCAUGUAUCAUGAAUUUAAUUCACUCUUGCAAAACCCUGAGUUUAAGUGGAAUGCUGAAACUAACACUUUUAGUGCAAGUGCUGAGGUCUGGCAAAAUUAUCUUCAGGCACAUGAUAAAACUGCUCAAUUUCAAAAGAAAGGGUGUGACUACUAUUAUAAAUGGUUGGAAAUCAUAUUCAACAAAGAUAAUGCAUAUGGAGGAUUUCGUCAUUCAGACGAUGAUAUACAAGAAGUCGAGUACGCCACACAGAAUGGAAAGAGAAAAAUUCAAGUAAAAGAUCGUAAAUAUAGGAAAGGGUCGACAUCAUGUCAGAAGGGAGACAGACAUCUAACUUCGACCAAACCAUCUACGGCAAGAGCUAAGAGUAAUAACGGUAAGAGUUUGGAGGCUACUUCUCCGCAUGUAACAUUAGAUUGUUCUAUUACUAAGUGUGUAGCUGCUCUUGAAAAGAUAGAAGAUAUUUCAGAUGACAUCUAUGUAAAAGCCUUGGACAAAUUUCACGAUCCUAAUUGGAGAGAAAUGUUUAUUGCCAUGUCUAAUGAUAGGAGACGUGGAUGGCUAUUUAGACUUUAAAAUUUUACUUGCAUAUGUGCUGUUAAUGAUGAGACAUAUUCUCUUUAAGGUUAAGUUUUUUUUUUUCUACUUUGCUGGUGAACUAUUGUCUGUGUUUAUAUUAUAUGACAUGUUAUAAUCAUAGUAGAUUUUGAUAGUAGUGAUGAUU